GAGUGCGAUACUUGGGCCCGAAGAGAGGUCUACAUUGCCAAUUGCUGGUCCGCUUAAAAUGGAUUCUGACACGGACUCGGAUCGGGAAAAGAGCAGUGAUCCCAACGAGGGUCUGCUGAGCAGCGAUGACAAGACCUUUCACGACGAUGACGAGCCCGAGGAGGACUCUUCCCCGGCGGACGAUGAGGAGGAGCCGGAAGAAGAGUCUUUGCUGCCGCCGAAGAAAGCGCAGAUUCGAGCAGAAGACCAGCCGCCAUUGGUGGUUCUGGUUCAGUCAUCGGCGGAAGCCAUAGAAGUGCCUGAAGAAAUCGAUGAUAUCCACCGAGCAAUAACCAUUAAAGAUGGUGAUAUAGAGAAGGAACCUCAAAAAGAUUCCCAAGUGGAAAGCGAAAUCGAUCCCGAACCCCUGAAGUGUCCCACUUCCCUACGUGAUAGUGUCCGCGAAUCCGUUGAAUGCUUCUAUUCGGCUCAGGAUCUCUUGGAAUACGGACACUUGUUAUCCUCCACUUCGAUGGUUCGAACGCCGGAUGUGGAAUCCGGUUAUUUUGAGAAGUCCGAAAGCGAUGCCUCGCGAGAUGAGUGGGAGGGUCCAUCGUCCUCUUCCUCGGGUGCAGCUCGAUGCCGCCUGCUGUCCGGAAUUUCUGGACUCUCCGUCUCUCCAUCCAGUCGACAUAGUGCCGAGGGUUUGCGAAUGGAACUGAGUCGUUUCCGCACCAUCAUCGAAACCCUCGAGCGGGAAAGUCUCGAGAAAUCGCAGUCGGAACUGCAGCUAAAGGCGAAACCGAAGGCAAAACCAAAGCCCAAGCAGAGAUCCCAUAUUCUGGAAUCGGCGGGGGAGAGUGGUUCGGAUCAGGGUUCGGAAAAGGGUUCCGAGCGGGGCUUCUGGUCAACGGUUUUUGGACAGGCGGGUCUGGAGAUCAGCCAGGAUGAGGAGGAGCGGAUUGCGGAGAUACAAAGUAAAGCUCAUCGGGCUCUCGAGCUGCUCGAGGAUUAUCAUGCCAGACUUUCUGAGCCGCAGGAUCGGGCGCUGCGUAUUGCAAUCGAACGCGUUAUACGCAUAUUUAAAUCUCGCUUGUUUCAAGCGCUGUUAGAUAUACAAGAAUUCUAUGAAUUGACAUUAUUGGAUGACUCGAAGAGCAUACAGCAAAAGACAGCGGAAACCUUGCAAAUUGCAACCAAAUGGGAGAAGGACGGACAGGCCGUUAAAAUAGCCGAUUUUAUCAAAACUUCAAAUUUAAAUCGCAAUUGCGCCUAUGAGUUUAACAACGACGCCUCAUCCAAUCAAACCAACCAAUCAACACUCAAUCAGAAUCAGAUCGCAAAUAAUGUGAGCGCCCAGGCCCUCAGCAGAACAUUUAAGAGUGAAUUGGAAGAGAUCUUGAAUCAGCGCAUGCGCAUCGAGUCGGAUACGGAAAAUGCAAAGGAGCCACCGGCCGAGCAGCUGCAACAUCAGAAUGCGCAGCAGCCGCAACAGCAGCAGCAACAGCAGUCGCAGGCAGCCAAGUCAAGGAGCGGGUCGCAGACUCUCCAUAAGGCGUCGUCGGGAAAGGUGAACGGCGAUGAUAGCUGGUUAUACGAGGACAUUCAGCUGGAGCGCGGCAACUCCGGAUUGGGAUUCUCCAUUGCCGGCGGCACGGAUAAUCCGCACAUCGGCACCGACACCUCCAUCUACAUCACCAAGCUCAUUUCCGGCGGAGCAGCUGCCGCCGAUGGACGGCUGAGCAUCAACGACAUCAUUGUGUCCGUGAACGAGGUGUCCGUGGUGGAUGUGCCACAUGCCUCCGCCGUGGAUGCUCUGAAGAAGGCCGGCAAUGUGGUCAAACUGCAUGUGAAGCGGAAACGUGGCACGGCCACCACCCCGGCCGCCGGAUCGGCGGCUGGAGAUGCCCGGGAUAGUGCGGCCGGUGGAUCGAAGAUCAUGGAAAUCGAUCUGGUCAAGGGCGGCAAGGGAUUGGGCUUCUCCAUUGCCGGCGGCAUUGGCAACCAGCACAUCCCCGGCGACAAUGGCAUCUAUGUGACCAAGUUGAUGGACGGCGGUGCGGCGCAGGUGGACGGACGUCUGUCCAUCGGGGACAAGCUGAUUGCAGUGCGCACCAACGGGAGCGAAAAGAACCUGGAGAACGUAACGCACGAACUGGCAGUGGCCACGCUGAAGUCGAUCACCGACAAGGUGACGCUGAUCAUUGGGAAGACGCAGCACCUGACAACCAGUGCGUCCGGCGGCGGCGGUGGAGGCCUAUCAGCCGGCCAGCAGUUGUCGCAGUCGCAGUCGCAGUUGGCCACCAGCCAGAGCCAGAGUCAGGUGCAUCAGCAGCAGCAUCCGACGCCGAUGGUCAAUUCGCAGUCGACAGGUGCGCUAAACAGUGUGGGACACACGGUUGUCGAUUCACCACCAACACCACAAGCAGCAGCAGCAGCAAUUGCAUCUGCAUCUGCCACUGCAUCAGUCAUUGCAAGCAACACCACAGUCACCACAGUCACGGCCACAGCCACAGCCACCAACAGUAGCAGCAAGUUGCCGCCAUCGCUUGGCGCUAACAGCAUUAGCAAUAGCAACAGCAAUAACAUCAGCAACAGCAAUAACAUCAACAACAACAACAGUAGCAGCAGCACGACGGCAACUGUUGCAGUUGCAGCUGCAACACCAACAGCAGCAGCAGCAACUCCACCCGCCUCCUUCUAUAACAAUGCUUCCAUGCCCGCCCUGCCUGUCGAAUCCAAUCAAACAAACAACCGAUCCCAAUCACCCCAGCCGCGCCAGCCCGGCUCGCGAUAUGCCUCCACAAAUGUCCUGGCCGCCGUUCCGCCAGGAACUCCGCGCGCAGUCAGCACCGAGGAUAUCACCAGAGAACCGCGCACCAUCACCAUCCAGAAGGGACCCCAGGGCCUGGGCUUCAAUAUCGUUGGCGGCGAGGAUGGCCAGGGCAUCUAUGUGUCCUUCAUCCUGGCCGGCGGUCCUGCAGAUCUUGGCUCCGAGCUGAAGCGCGGCGACCAGCUGCUCAGCGUGAACAAUGUCAACCUCACGCAUGCCACCCACGAGGAGGCGGCCCAGGCGCUCAAGACUUCUGGCGGUGUGGUGACCCUAUUGGCGCAGUACCGCCCAGAGGAGUAUAACCGCUUCGAGGCGCGCAUCCAGGAGCUGAAACAGCAGGCUGCCCUUGGCGCCGGAGGAUCGGGCACACUGCUGCGGACCACGCAGAAGAGAUCGCUGUAUGUGCGCGCCCUGUUCGACUAUGAUCCCAAUCGGGACGAUGGUCUGCCCUCGCGAGGAUUGCCCUUCAAGCACGGCGACAUCCUGCACGUGACCAAUGCCUCCGACGACGAGUGGUGGCAGGCACGACGGGUCCUCGGCGACAAUGAGGACGAGCAGAUCGGUAUUGUGCCGUCGAAGAGGCGUUGGGAGCGCAAGAUGCGGGCUCGGGAUCGCAGCGUCAAGUUCCAGGGACAUGCGGCAGCUAAUAAUAAUCUGGAUAAGCAAUCGACAUUGGAUCGAAAGAAAAAGAAUUUCACAUUCUCGCGCAAAUUUCCGUUUAUGAAGAGUCGCGAUGAGAAGAAUGAAGAUGGCAGCGACCAAGAGCCCAAUGGAGUUGUGAGCAGCACCAGCGAAAUUGACAUCAAUAAUGUCAACAACAAUCAGGCGAAUGAACCGCAACCCUUUAUGCUUUGCUACACACAAGACGAUGCCAAUGCUGAAGGAGGCGAGAUUAUCUACAGGGUGGAGUUACCCGAUAUGGAGCAGAUAACUCUGAUCUACUUGGAGAAUAAUGAUGCUGACUAUCCUUCCGAGGAGAAUGUGUUGUCCUACGAGGCCGUGCAGCGCCUGUCCAUUAACUACACGCGCCCGGUGAUUAUCCUGGGACCGCUAAAGGAUCGCAUCAACGACGACCUAAUAUCGGAGUAUCCCGACAAGUUCGGCUCUUGUGUGCCACACACCACCCGACCCAAGAGGGAGUACGAGGUGGACGGUAGGGACUAUCACUUUGUGUCCUCUCGCGAGCAAAUGGAGCGGGAUAUCCAGAACCAUCUGUUCAUCGAGGCGGGCCAGUAUAACGACAAUCUGUACGGCACCUCGGUGGCCAGUGUGCGCGAGGUGGCGGAGAAGGGCAAGCACUGCAUCCUGGACGUGUCCGGGAAUGCCAUAAAGCGCCUCCAGGUGGCCCAGCUGUAUCCCGUUGCCGUGUUCAUCAAACCCAAGUCGGUGGACUCAGUGAUGGAGAUGAAUCGUCGCAUGACGGAGGAGCAGGCCAAGAAGACUUACGAGCGGGCCAUUAAAAUGGAGCAAGAAUUUGGCGAAUACUUUACGGGCGUUGUCCAGGGCGACACCAUCGAGGAGAUCUACAGCAAAGUGAAAUCUAUGAUUUGGUCCCAGUCGGGACCAACCAUUUGGGUACCUUCCAAGGAAUCUCUAUGACCAACAGCCACCACAACUUGGACACUGCCGCCUCGAGUUCGAUGCCGACCGGUCUCGAGAACAACAACAGGAGCAACUGGAGCAGCAGCAGCAGCAGCAACAAAUCAGCAGCCGCAACAGAGGACGCCGCACUGAUGAUGCAUCACAGUAACAACAGCAACAGCAACAACCACAACAUCAACAACUACUACAACAGCAGCAGCCACAGCAACAACUACAACAACACUACUGACAACGACAGGAAACGGAUACGGAAACGGAACCACGGACCUACAAACUUGACCACACAGACAGUAAAAUUUAUAUUGACGCAGCCGCAGCAGCCAACUUAAUGUAGCAAAUUGUCCAAAGCAAUUUUAUUUGGAUGCACUCAUCGAUGUACGGUCAGGUGAACGUACAAACGUACAUCCCAGCAGCUAGACAAGGACGGAGAGCAAAGCAUUUGGUAUUUGGCAUCGUAGGGAUAUGAGAUGUGAGAUGAGAGAUAUGAGGGUGUUCAAACUGAAGCGGACAAAGGUGUAUAGUUUUUAGUUAGAACAAAGUUGGAUAUAAACAAAAAGAAGCGAAAUAUAAUAUAUAUAUAUAUAUAUAUAUAUAUGUAUACAUAUAUACACACACCACUUAUAUAGACUAAGAUCCGAUUAUAAAAGCAUAGAGUCGAGCGGAUAUGAGGGCUUUAAGGAGUUCGUUAAGCGCUAGAGUGUUGUUUGUUUAUGUUGAUGUUUAUAUACGAGAGCCAAGAGUUAUAGCGAGUUAGUUAUGUUGACGAUAAUGUGUUUUUUGAUAUAUAUUGAUCUAUAUGAAUAUGUAAACAUGCAGGCACAGGCAGGCACCCACCACCCAUGCACACCGAUAUUUUGGGGGUGAUGGUGAUGUAGAUGCACAUUGCGCAUUGCAUGGUGGUUAACUUUAAGUACGACAAUGUUUAGUAGCUGACUACGAAUAAUGACGACGAUGACGGGACGCAGAUGCAGAUGCGAAUGCGAAUGCGGAUGCGGAUGUGAAUGCGGUUACGGUUGCGGAUCUAGCGGAUAGUCAGAGCAUGACGAUAACGAUUUACGAUUACGAUCUAAUGAUAAUGAUAAUAUGUAUUGAUGAAAUAUCGAAGCUAAUAACGAUGAUGAGAGGAUGAAGAACGUUGGUGCAUUUGUUGUUAGAUGUAUGUAAUUUUUCCCACUCGCCUUUGCCUAAAAGCAACACAAACGUAAAACCAAGAAGAACUAUAUAAAAAAAGUGAAUCAAUAAACAUGCGUAUGAUAAAUACUAGAAACUAGCGGAAAAGUUGCAUAUACAACCAUAGACAUUCAUUCACACAUCUACUUACUAUAUAUAUCUGUACCAUUUAGCCUAUAGUCCGCAAGAGAUCGUCGAAUCAAAGUCAUUUUACUAUAUAAAUAUACACAAAACACCCGCAUAAUGUAAACUACGGCAGCAACCGAUUGGAAUGCAAAGAGAUGGAGGAAUGGAAUUUGUUGUCGCGUUGAUUUAAAUCUAUAUAAUGAGUAAAAUAUUGUAUAUUUAACAAUCUAUAAAACAAAUAUAGCAUGUAGAUAAUACACACACACACACACGAACCCAUUCAAGCAUACAUUGAUUACCGAUGCGGUCUAAUUUUAUACACAAACACACACACACAAGACAAAUCGAAUUGCAAAGGCAAAUAAAUAAAUAAAUAAGGAAGCGGAAGCGGAAGUGACGAGGAAGAAGCAGAGCUGGAGAUGAGAUCAACUCAAAUUAGAUAACUAUACAUAUAUUUGCUGAUUAAUUUAUAUAAACCAAUCUACGAUUUAUAGCCAACGCACAGAAAGCAAAACACAUUCGAAAUUUGUUCGAAAAAUUUAGCAAAAUUCAAGUUGAGUGUUAACAUUAUUAUUCAUGCGAAUAUGCAUAUAAAUAUUAUUAUUUUUCUUACUCAGUCCAUCUCUCUUGCUCCCUAUCUUAAACCUUCUUGAGACAUUUUUUUUUAUUAAUUUUUUUGUAUAUUGCAAAAACGUCGACGACGCCACAGCAGCAUCAGCUAUGGAUAUUAUUUCAAAAAUAUAUACACAUAACUAUUAUACAAAUAAAGUAAAAACAAAUUGAUUAUAAUUUUCACAAUGUAUGCGCCGAGAGCAUUGUUAUAUUUAAUAAACAAUCCUAAAAACAAAAAGGACAAACAAUUAAAAACAAAAUAAAAAAACUAUUCGAAUAAUUUCCACUCUAAGCGAAUCAAACAAAAAAAUGAAGCUGAACCCUAAGUGUAAUAAACAAGAUACAAAUCGAAUCUCUUAAUCAAUUUGAUACAUCCAACUAGCAUACGAAAAGCAUUGCAUUAACUAACAUUAAACGACGAGCUGAGGAGUUAACUAUAGAUAACCGCUUAACAGGGUGCGCCCCACGUCUUUUUGGGUAACUAUUCGUAGCAAGUGAUCUUUUUUUUCGCUCAAAAAACAAAAUAUACUACUUAAAUGAAGGGGAAGGCCUUUUUUCCAAGCGGUUCUUCCGAGACACGCCACGCCCCUUUAAAAAAAAAA